UCUGCAGCCGUGUCUGACAAACCCGAUAUGGGUGAGACUGAGAAAUUCAAUAAGUCGAAGGUGAAGAAAACAGAAACGCAAGAGAAAAAUCCACUGCCUUCAAAAGAAACGAUUGAACAGGAGAAGCAAGCAGGUGAGUCGUAAAUGAGGCGCGCGCCGCCAAUAUGCACUGUACAUUCCACAAGCACUGCCUCCUUAUUUUACUUCUUUCAGCUGUUUAACUUGGUAAGAUGCAAAUAGGUUGGAUCAAGUUUAAAUGACUGUGCUGCCCCUUUUCACAUCAAAGAAUGGAGA